UAGAACAGGUAGAGACGCACGUUCCGCCUGGAAAAUCGGUAGAAAACGGAACAGGCUAGAAAGGAACACACACUCAACUCCCCGAAAACUCCCCCUCUCAAUAUUGUAUUAGGGAAAAGCCGAAGGUUUUUUGUGUGGGGUUCGGAAAACGUGCGUCGACGUCGACAGCGACUGAAAAACGGCGACUGAAACGGCGACGAUGUAAAAUUUUAUUACCCCAAACGCAUCGAGCAGUCGGGUUUUGGACGUCCGGACUUCACCGCCGCCUCGCUGCGACGCCAGACUUUUAUUGCAGCUGCCCUACAGAGUGGGUACCAUAUUCCAUGGUCAGGAACGGAGAUCCCAAAAGAAAAAAAACAAAAAAAAACACACAAAACAACAAACUUUCUGAAGACGGACACAAACUUUUUCCAGAGUGCGGCAUAAAAGUGCAAAAGUUUUUGUUCGCAGCGCCCACAAACUAAAAGAAAAACUUCGCCGCCGCGCAAAAAAAAAUUAGCCCUCUAAUACAAAAUACAAAACAAAAACAAAACAAAAAAUCAAAACCAAGUGCAAUGCAGAAAUAUAAUAAACAAAUACUAGAAAGUGCGUGAUCUAUCUGAAAUCAAGUAUACGCCCUGUUAGCCGGCUUAAGUUUAACCGAAACUCUAAACAUUCGACGAUAUCUCAGCCGUCGCGUUGACAAAAACGGAGCUAAAGAACCGGAAAAGUGGGCAAAGCUGGGAGUGUCCGAAAAGCUGCAAAGCCCGCGGGAAAAUGGCGCUUUCCAAGCGGCCCCUCACAAAGGACACGCCCCUGUCCGAGAGCAAUGGCAACCACACCAAUGGCAAUGAUCACGAGACCUCCAUCAAGCGGCGCAAGCGUUGCAGUCGCGACGAGGACGCCAGCCUAAACAACAUAAAUAAUAACAAUAAUAAUAAUACAAAUAAUAACAAUAACAAUAGCAAUAACAACAACUUGCCGCAGAAGAAGCGCAAACAGGGCGGUCACAUUGCCGACAGUCCGGACAGUCCCACCUGCCCAUCUCUGCCCGCUCCCCUGGCCAAGAGCAACACGGAUGCGGACCAGGACGAUGAGACCCUCAUCCGGGAGACGCAGGCGGCACUGAAAAGCCUCUCUGGCAGCUGGCCCGACUCGCGCGGCAAUCUCUACCGCCUGCAGGAACAGGACGAGAAUCCACCGCCCUUCCAGAAUCUCUUCGAGGAAAAGCAAAAGUAUGAGGCCAUCAGCAACCCUUGCCAUGCCAUCCAGGCCAGCUCUACAAAUCCAAAUCCCACGCUCUUCUCACGUUUCCACAGACAAAAGGAGAACGACCAGGCGCGCCUGAAUGCCAGUGGCUUGGACGGACGUGGCAAGAUCAAGGACCAGGAUGCGGAUAUGGAUGCCGAUGGCGAUGCCGAACUGGAGGAUACCUCGUCAUCGGCCUCCGGCCAGGGGGUCUAUGCCCAGGCGGCGUCGGCCUUCAAGCCACCGAUUGACAUUAUCAAGCGGAAUUAUGUGGCCGCCGCUCAUGCCCAUUAUAGUGCCUAUAAUGCGGCCGCUGCAGCGGAAUCAGCAGCGGGAUUGGCCUACUACGGUUAUGCCGCUGCCGCCGCUGCCAGUCAACAGCAACAACAACAGCAGCAGCAACAUCUCAGUACCGCCUUCGAUAUUGCCAGCCAGCUGGGCGAGAAGCCGCGUCCCAAGGAACCCAUGGCCGAUGGCAAACAGUACACGAUCCUCCAGCCGGCGGGCAUUGGAAGUCGGGCGGCAUCUGUGAUGCAGGACAUUGCAUCGCGUGAGGGCGUUGUGGGCGUACCGCUGGUGGCAACGCCCCCAUCGACAGCGGCGGGCAGUCCGGCGGCAGCGGUACCAGCGGCAGGACCUUCGACUCCUUCGACACCGGCGCCCAGUUACUCGCCGGGUAGCCAGAAUCGCGCCGACUUGGAUAAGCAUGAAAAGGAACUGCAUCCGCUGGACAAACUGAAGCUGGCCUCCAACCACUAUCUAAACAACAACAACAGCAACUGCAUCAACAAUAACAACAGCACGAAAUCUCUGAGUGGCGCCCCAACGAUGCCGAUUAUCAAAUCGGAGUACAGUCCUGUAGCCAGCAUCAAAUCGGAGUAUAAUAAGAGCCCCAUGCACUCGUAUCUCUCGGGGGAUGCGGCCACGCCCGCUCCCGCCGCCCCCUCUUCGGCGAGUGCCGCCCAAGCGCCGCGUUCCGGCUCGGCGACCGGUACAGCGGCCUCAAACGGUGACAACAACCUGCAUGCACCGCAUCUGAGUCGUUUUGUGGGUCUCCAGAGUCCGCCCCAUCAGCCACAUCUCAAUCCCCAUGGCCACCACCAGCAGCAGCAACAGCAACAACAGCAACAGCAGCAACAGCAGCAACAACAGCAACAGCAGCAGCAACAGCAGCAGCAGCAACAACAGCAGCAGCAGCAGCAACACACGUUGCAUCAGCAGCGGGGACCCUUUAUAGAGGGCAAUGAUGUGCCCGAUCCCUCAGCCACCUACCACUCGGAACACCAGCAACAGCAGCAGCAGCAGGCCGACGAGCGACAGCAGCAAUAUGAGCAGAUGCGAUAUGCCCAGAGCCAUGUGAGCGUAGGUCCUGGUGGUGAGCUAAUGGCGCCCAACGGAGGCGAACUUUCGCCUGGCACGGCGAGAAGCGCCUACGAGGCGCAUCCCGGGCAUCCGCAUCCACAUCCCGGACACCCGCAUCCACAUCCGCCCGUCUCGCUGAGCUCCCUCAGCUCGCCAGCCUUCACGGUGGAUGCCGUGACGGCGGUCAGCGGAGCGGGCUUCGAGCGCUACGAUCCCAGCGGCUGUUGUCCCAGCAACGGCCAGAGGUCGACGGCGGCCACAGCGGCGACGGCAGCGGGCGCCUCGGCGGCAGCGGCUGCCUACCAUUAUCUGCCCCAAACCACCGACGAGAUGCAGGCCCAGCAGCAGAAGUAUCUGCAGGAGCAGCAACUCAUGCUGGCCAAGGCCGAGCACGAGGAGUUGGCCAACGGGGGUCAGCCCCUGUAUCCGCGGCCCAUGUAUCACUAUGAUCCCACAAUGGGUCCACUGCCGCCGGGCUUUUCGGCAAUCAAUCUCUCGGUUAAAAUGGCCGCCGCUCAGGCAGCAGCUGCAGCAGCUGCCUACCAAAAUCAGCAGCAACAGCAGCAGCAGCAACAACAGCAGCAACACCACCAGCAACAGCAGCAGCAGCAGCACGGCAAGCAGAGCAGCUCGCCCGCCCCGAAUGUGGGCGGUGUGCCGGCGGUGGAUCUGAGUGGUUCCACCUCGGUGACGAGCAGCAGUCCGCACGGUUUCAAUUCGCCAGCCUCGCACAACCAGUAUACCGCCCAGCGGAUGGGCAACGGCAGCCCGCAGCCAGGAGCCAGUCCGAACAUAGCCAGUCCCCAGGUGCCCAGUCCCCAGGGACAGACGCUGGACCUCAGCGUCACCCGAUUGCCACACAGCAUUAUUACGAGUCCGCAGUAUGGCGCCGAUGGCCUGGUGGUGGGUCAUGCCCAGGGUUUCGUGAGCGGGGCGACAGGACCCCUGGGUCCGGGCAACGGUGGACCGCCACGAUCCCCGCAAAUGGAACCGGUGGACUUUAGCGGGCCUCCAAGGCCCCUGGGCUUCGGCCUUGUGGGACACAUCAGCGGGCCGCGACCCUACAGCCGUGAAUCAACGCCAGACAGCGGCGGCUCUCACUAUAUCGAAACGUAUCGGGAUCCCAGCGGCUACUCACCGCACCCCGGCUAUGGGAUGGUGGUCCAAUCGGACUAUCCGCCAGCUGGAUACCAUGGCUACGGCCCUGCUGCAUACCAAUGCAGUAAUCCCUACGCCACUGCCGUCGGACCCGGUGGCUAUCCAACGCCCGUUUCCGGCGGAUACUCGCCCAGUCCGGCCACCUGCUACUCGAUGCCACCGCCACAGCACAUUCCGCAGCACGACAAGUCCAAAGACGGAUUGACGGGCUGCUCGCGCUCGGACCGCAAUCAUCUGCAAUCGCACUCGCAGGAGCUCAAGUGCCCAACGCCCGGAUGCGAUGGCUCCGGACACGUGACGGGCAACUACUCCUCGCACCGCAGCCUCUCCGGCUGUCCCAGGGCCAACAAGCCGAAGAGCAAGCCACGCGAUGGCCAGGAUUCGGAACCCCUACGCUGUCCCAUUCCGGGAUGCGAUGGCUCUGGCCACUCCACCGGCAAGUUCCUCUCCCACAGAAGUGCUUCGGGCUGUCCGAUUGCCAAUCGAAACAAGAUGCGCGUCCUGGAAGCCGGCGGCACUGUGGAGCAGCACAAGGCCGCUGUGGCAGCCGCUACGGCCAUGAAGUUUGAUGCCUGCACCACGGUGGGCAGCCAGGGCAUCAAGAAGCCCAAGUUCGAUGAGGUCACCAUGGUCUAUCCCAAGGGUUAUACAGGCGGCAGCGGCUUGGACAUUGUCAUGGGCGGCGUGGGAAGCAGUGUCGGCGUGGGACUGGGUCUCACGGGGUCACUCGGCCUCGGGGUCACCAGUAGCAGCGGCAGCAGCAGUACCGGCGGCAAUAACAACACCAACAACAGCAGCGGCAGCGGCAACACCAGCGGCACCGAAAAGAAUCCAUCUGGCGGUGGUGGACCCUCUGCGGGGGCCAAUGGCAGCGAUGACCUGAACACCCUGGAGGCCGAGAUAUCGGAGCUGCAGCGGGAGAACGCACGCGUGGAGUCGCAGAUGAUGAGGCUCAAGUCCGAUAUCAAUGCCAUGGAGUCGCAGCUGAGCACCAGCGAUCGGGAGGCUUCUCCACUGAGCGGUCAUCAGCAGCAGCAGCAGCAACAGCAGCAGCGCUCCUCGGGGGCUUUGGCCUCGCCCAGCGGUCAAUCGCCAUUCGCCAGUGUCAGCUCCACCAGUGGCACAUCCAGCGGAGCCGUUUCGAGUGGAGCCACCACGAAUGGCAGCGGGAAUGGGAACAACAUCAACAGCUCUGCCAGCGGCGCCAACGAUCUGAACCACUCGAUCAGCAGUCUGGCACCCAGUUCGGGGAGUAAUCCCAACCAGCCCAUCGAUGGCGUGGGCGCACCACCCAAUGCCAAUCUGAAUAACUACUACGAGAGCCUGAGGAACAAUGUGAUCACGCUGCUGGAGCAUGUGCGUCUGCCGCCGCCACCACCGCCGUCUGGUGGGGCCACGCCCGGUUCGGCGGCCUCGUCGGUGGUUCAUGGACUGGAGAAUGUGUGUGGCGGAGCCGGUGGUCAGUUGGUGGGUGGCGAGCACUCGGCGGCGGCCUAUUCCACGCUCCUGCCACCGCCCCCUCUUCCAUCCUCUGGAGGGGCUCCCUCCUCCGGCGGUGGUGGUGGCGGCGGUGCUGGUAUGUAUGGAGGAGGUGGUGCUGGCGCUGGCGCUGGCCUGCAUCAGGGAACGGGCUCAGGCAACGGCGGUGGUCUGGGAUCCGGCGGAGCCGUGGGACCGCCUCCAGUGCCGCCCCACCAUCAUCCCUACACGGUGCAUCAUCCCGUCAGCUAUGCCCAUCCGCACGCCCAUCCGCACGCACAUCCGCAUCCCCACGAGCACUUCGACUCGUACAUCUCUAAGCUGCAAUCGCUGUGUGUGCCCCCCGAUGUAUAUGCCCUGCCCGAGGACACGGAACGACCCGUCUACAACUCGGUGAAGCCCACCAUGCACCAGGACUAUGGCAAACUGAUGCCCACACCCAUCUAAGAACGCUAAGAAUCAAAAGCCCAACACUGGUGACCCCAACUGUAGAGCCACAUCCCGUCCAGGGCUCAGAAACAAGAAUUGUAAAUAUUUAAACGAAAGAAGUGAGUUGUAAGAGCCAAGAGGUUAAACUGGCGUUAUCCAUAGGCCUGACUUCAAGGCAGACUAUACGAGUUACAAGUGGGUCAGAGUGUCGGGGUCACCCAGCGGUGCAUCCUCGAUGGCCCCGGUUAGUUUAUAGACAUGAAAACCUAGUUAUUAGGCAUAGAAACCUAGCCAGUUGGUCGGGACAAGGCAAGUCCCAGGCUUAUUAUUUAGAAAACGUUCCAAAUCCUAGAUCCUAGACGCUUUCGUCGUGUGUUGAUAGCAACUCUGUAUAAAAAACAAGCAAGGAAAACCAAACAUAAGUGUGUAAUUGGAUUAUGAAUUUCAAUUUUUUUUUGUCUGUAUCAAAUACUACAACUAGAAGUUAUAGAAUAUUUAUAUAUAUAUAUAUAUGGAAAGGAAAACCCCAAGUAUAUGUUUAAAUGUAGGGCAUUUGUUUGGUGUUAAUGUCUGGUCAAUUUUUUGCAUACGGAACGCAAGAUGUUCGCAACUACUUAAUAGCCCCUCCCCCGAUCCACGUAGCAUCCCCUAGCCCAUGUCCCCCGCAGGCUAAGUUUAGUUUAGUGGCAAAGUCGAACACCAAAAGUGGAAAAACGAAGGAAAAUACAACAUUACAUGCAAAUAUAAUCAGUACUAUACUUAGCGGAUGUAAUCGUACGAUAUUUUUUUUGUUUUUUUUUGUGUAAUUGUAAUAUUAAAAUGUAAUAGUAAUAUCAAGCGAAUAUCUAAAACUAUAAUGGGUAAGGGAGGAGGCGUCUUCGGGUUAAAUAUAAUCGGGGAAGUGAAGCACGCCCACAUAUGCAGAUGAUAUCAGUAUGUAUAUGCUUUUCUGUAGGAUCGUAAGUUUUAAUGUUAUCCCUCACGAGAUCGGGCAAGAGGCAUUAACCGGAACCCAAGAGAAUUAAAUGAGAAAUCGUAAAGAUAGUCUAAAAACCAGUGCAAUACUUCGACCCAUUCGAAGGCAAGGCGAAAAACCAAAAUCGUAAUAAACUAAUUGUGUAAGCUUAAGUAAACAAAAAGUAGUUGAACAGAAAGUCACGUUUUUUUUUGUAUCGUCAUACGUCUAAACUUAAACUUAACUAUAAAUCAAUAAUACAAAACAAAAAAUAAAUCGUAGAACGGAGAAGAAAACCCCAAAACCGCAAGGUUAUUUAGACGAAUUUUAAAUGAUAAAAACAAAAACCAAAUCGAAAAAGUUUAAAACAAAGGAAAAAGGAAGGGCAAAGAGGCAAGGGCGAAAGAGUAUGAAAAUAAAUAGCAGGCUUAACAAAAUCAUUGUACUAAAUGAAGUAAUACAUAACGAUGAUUAAAAUAAUUACACUAAACUAAAUAUAAAUCUAAAAUAUAUAUAUAUAAUAUAAUAUUGUAUUGUAUGACAAGAAAACAAUUCUGUAAUUUACAAGCGAAAAAUAUUUUAUGUGAUCAUUGUCUUUUUUUUUAAUAUUACAA